AUGGAUGAUUCUCAAGAAUCGACGAUUUCAAUUUCUAAAGAAUUCAAAAGAGAAACGCCGCCGACAGAUGAGGUUUUUCUCUCGCAACUGGGCAGUCAAAGCAUGACAGUCAUGUCUCAGACGGAGCUUGAAAAUGAAAUUUUCAAUUUGGAGCGGGAUAUUCGACAACAGAAGGAGUCGAGUAUGAACGCGAAGACUGCAAUCAAUCCGGAACAAUUGAGGAAGAUCUACGAAAUUGGCAACGCGUUGGGACCACACAAAGAAACAUUUUUCGAUAGAAUUUGUCGAGCUGCUGAAAUCCAACGAGCCUCGUUGAAAAAUCGCCUAAAACAGAAUAAGGAUCGAUUCGAUUUCUCGCAACACGGCCGCAUUUCUCUGCUCUCGACACCUCUAAAUGAUUCGCAACAGAGUAGUGGAACCGAUACGCAAUUCCAGGUAACGCAGAAUACUAUUCAAUUUCUUUGUUCAACCGCUCCGACGACGACGACGACAACAAUGUGGAAUUCAACAAGAGCUAUUCAGCCAGAAGCUCGAAUACCAGCCGAACGUCAACGAGACCUUCUCUGGAUGGGAUUCCCGUAUGAUGAGAUGAAACAGGUUCUCAAACAAUUUUUGAAUAGAAUUACAAUUAAUCCACCGCAGAAUUUGAAACAAAUUUGUAUAGCAUACACAUUAUUGGAAUUGGAUAAUCCGGUGGAAGACGUACAGAAAGCAAUGAUGAAAUCCAAAAGACCUCGACGCGAUUCGGACAGUGACGAAGAUUUACUCACUCGCAAACGAGUUUGCGCAAAUGCUAGUCCUCUUGUUAAUGAUCAGAUAGGUAAAAUUCCCCGUGAUAUGGUAUUAAAUAUGGAUAAAUACCCACUCGAUGGCACCCAGCCAAAUUAG